AGCGAGGGAGGAGGAGGAGGCGGGAGCCCGAGGGAGGAGGCGGCGGCCUGGGGGGGUUGGAAAAUGACUCAGUAAGUUCCGCGCCCGCUCCGGCCGCCCUGCACCUCCCGCCGCGCCCGGGAUGUAUUCGUCCCCGCUGUGUCUGACCCAGCUUUUGGGAAGGGAUCCCCCGAAGCAGCUGUCUCCUUGGAGCUCCCAGAAUGACGGAACCUGCAGUGGGGCUGGUUGUGUGACCUUGACCAGCUGUGAAGUCUGCUGGCGAGGUGGCCUGACUGGUUUGGAGGCAACCUCUAACUGGAGGGGACACAUGGAUGAGUUCCACCCGUUCAUCGAGGCGCUGCUGCCGCACGUGCGCGCCUUUGCCUACACCUGGUUCAACCUGCAGGCGCGGAAGCGCAAGUACUUCAAGAAGCAUGAGAAGCGGAUGUCGAAGGACGAGGAGCGCGCGGUGAAGGACGAGCUGCUGGGCGAGAAGGCCGAGGUGAAGCAGAAGUGGGCGUCGCGGCUGCUGGCCAAGCUGCGCAAGGACAUCCGGCCGGAGUUCCGUGAGGACUUUGUGCUGGCCAUCACCGGCAAGAAGCCCCCAAGCUGCGUGCUGUCCAACCCCGACCAGAAGGGCAAGAUGCGGCGCAUCGACUGCCUGCGCCAGGCCGACAAGGUGUGGCGGCUGGACCUGGUCAUGGUCAUCCUGUUCAAGGGCAUCCCGCUGGAGAGCACGGACGGCGAGCGGCUGGUGAAGGCCGCGCAGUGCGGCCACCCGGUGCUCUGCGUGCAGCCGCACCACAUCGGCGUGGCCGUCAAGGAGCUGGACCUCUACCUGGCCUACUUCGUGCGCGAGCGAGAUGCGGAGCAGAGUGGCAGUCCCCGAGCGGGGAUGGGCUCGGAGCAGGAGGACAGCAAGCCCAUCACUCUGGACACGACUGAUUUCCAGGAAAGCUUUGUCACCUCUGGUGUGUUCAGUGUCACCGAACUUAUCCAAGUGUCUCGGACACCCGUAGUGACCGGAACGGGUCCCAACUUCUCUCUGGGAGAGCUUCAAGGGCACUUAGCCUACGACCUGAAUCCAACCAGCACAGGCAUGAGAAGAACGCUCCCCAGCACCUCUUCCAGCGGGAGCAAGAGGCACAAAUCGGGGUCUAUGGAGGAGGACGUGGACACGAGCCCCGGCGGCGACUACUACACUUCGCCUAGUUCUCCCACGAGUAGCAGCCGCAACUGGACAGAGGACAUGGAAGGAGGUAUGUCCUCCCCGGUGAAGAAGACAGAGAUGGACAAGUCCCCGUUCAACAGCCCAUCCCCCCAGGACUCACCCCGCCUCUCCAGCUUCACCCAGCACCACCGGCCUGUCAUCGCCGUGCACAGCGGAAUCGCCCGGAGCCCCCACCCAUCCUCAGCCCUCCACUUCCCUACAACCUCCAUCCUGCCCCAGACGGCCUCCACCUACUUCCCGCACACGGCCAUCCGCUACCCUCCCCACCUCAACCCCCAGGACCCGCUCAAAGAUCUUGUCUCGCUCGCCUGCGACCCAGCCAGCCAGCAGCCUGGACCGUUAAACGGAAGUGGCCAGCUCAAAAUGUCCAGUUACUGCGUCCCCACCUCGAUGCUGGCCCCUCCGCCCCUGGCGCUGUCCCCGGCUACCAAACCCACUGCCACCUCCCAGCGACGAGCCACACCGCAGAUCUCGCCCACCUGCGCUCCGCCCGACACGCCCCCUGCAAACCGUUCCUUUGUGGGAUUAGGACCAAGGGAUCCUUCGGGCAUUUAUCAGGCACAGUCCUGGUAUCUGGGGUAGCCCAGGUCUCUGCGGGACCGCACGCCUCUCCUCCAUCAGCCUGGGCAUCUUGGGGCAGUGCUGCCAGCCCCCUCCCCCGGCCCAUGUUUUCGGUAGAAAAUCAGAGCGAGCAAAAGACCACCCUGCUGGCUCCCAGCCUGGCUGCAAAGACGGACUACACAGACCUAUGCACGAGGAAGAGAAAAGGGGGAAAAAGAAAAAAAGAAAAAAAAAAAAAAAGACAAACAGAAAAAAAAAAACAAAAAAACAACCCACCCUACCCAGAAGACAAAAGGUAAAGACCGCACGGUUUCCAGCUCUAAGGACGCAAUGGCCACAGAACUGGAAGACCUGGCCCCGCCACCCCUUGGGACACCACACGAUAGGGGCACGGCCCAAGACUCAGCUCCUUGCCACCCGCCCGCCCGAUGCCUGGGACCCCACGCUAUCCGGAGACCAGGUGAGACCAGAUGGAUGGGGACAGCCCCCCACGGACGGUGUUUGCCAAAGGGGGAGGCAGGUGCUGGCUGGCAGGUCCCACGGACAGCGAGGACACAGGCCUCAGGCCACAGAGACCUCGAGUUGGGCAGGACGGGCAGCAAAGGGCAGCAAAGAUAAAUUGUUGGGACCCGGUGCCGUCCUCAACAAAAAAGGACCCAGCCUUGCAGGUACUUUGGGACACCAGGUGUAGGGGUCCUGCAGUCUUACCGAAGGACUCGCUCUUGCUCUCUCCAGCGCUGGGGACCCCAAUGGGGGGGGGCCUUCUGCUGCCCACCCCCUUUGGGAGGAGAUGUCUAUGCAAUUUGACCCCCAGCCCCAUCCCGGCAUCGGCAUCGAGGCUACCCUGCCGCCCCUCCCCACCUCCCCCCCUGGUUGCACACUCUCCGCAAUGCACUUUCCGAGGAGGGGGGGCGCUGUCUGGGAGGUGGGGUGCCGACUGGACUGGCAGGUGACAGCAAGUGGUUUAAGUGCCUGAUUCCCCUCUGCCCGCCCCCCUCCCUCGGUCCAGUUGGGACCUAAGCGGCUGCGAGGACAUCCUCAUGCCCCCUUCCGCCACCCCACCUCCGAGCCCCCUCCAAGCUAGAGAGAAGGGACCCCUCCCCCAGGGGGCAGUGCUGGGGGCAGGUUCCGGGGGCGUCCCCUCCUUUGCCUCCCCCGUCCCCCGCCAGUGCCUUACAUCCUGGAGAGAAGCCCCCUCCCUGUGCCUCCCGCUGUCUGGGGGGGGGGGCGCUGUUUGCACUUUCAUCCCCCAAGUGGGGCACGGUGGAAGGGGCUGUGUCAUAGCCAGGCCCCCCAGAUGGGGAGGAGGCCAGUCCAAGGCAGGGCCCACUCGGACCCUGUACAGGGCUCCUGGGGGUUGGCCAGCGGGGGAGCUGCCCAUCUGCUAAAGGUUUUCCGUUGAGCCGCUCCAAAAACACUAAGCUGGAGGUGCCGGGUGCCCCCUGACCCCGGCUCCGCCCCAGCCCCAUCUGCACCCAUCGCCCCAGGGAUGAACAUUUUUGGGAGCAGGUGCCAGGAAGGGAGGUCUGUGUGUCAGACACGGGACCUCUGCCCGGCCCACCCAGCCCAGCCUCCACUGACCUCCAUUAUGCCUGGCGCUAGGGAAUAACCCCCCACAAUCCCCCAUCCAAGGCCAAAGCCAUUGACCAGGGCAGGGGGCCCCAUCUCAUCCGCCCCAGCCCGCCCUCCCGUCCGUCCUGUGCCCCAGACUCUCCUCCCAAACCAGCCGCAGGGCCUCGGCACACCCAGUCGGCCAGAAAACAGAAGGACCCAGACCCCGCCGGUCCCCUUCCUGCCCCUGUGACCCAAUGGAGUCUGCAACCCUUGGUCCGUCUGUCUGUCCAUCCGUCCGUCCUCAGGGCUCUCCACCAGGCGGCCCUGGGAGAGCAAAGGGCGGACCAUGUCCUGUCCGGGAGGCGGGGGUACUGAAGGUUGUGCUGACUCCUGGGCAUCUGGCAGCUUCUCAGCCAGGGCGGGGGGAGGCGGAGGGGGGCCGCCCCCGGGGUGCACCUGGCAGCCCCCCAGCCGGGCCCCACCGCGGGGUCAGGGCGCAAUGAGAACCAACUCUUUACCUAACUUUGCAUGGUGCUUAGGGCCCGGCGACCCGGCUCCUGCCCCAGCCUCCACAGCUGGUGGCCUGCAUGGCAGAUUAUACCUGGCUCUACUCCCUCCUGCCGCCCCUCCCGCCCCCUCCUCUUAAAAAAAAA